ACUUAUAAACUUUCUCAGGUUUGUGAAAUAUCAUUUGGUCAUCCUACAGGACUAACAGAUGGGUUGUCCUUGUACGAAAUAUGGUAUCCACCUGCACUUCAUUAGAGAGCUGCAUUUUUGUACAUGCGACACCACAAGAUCACCAUGAUGACAUAGCAGCUUCAGAGAACAGCGUGACUAGGGCUUUUUUUUCUUUUCCCCUCUUGUAACACAGAGGAUCUGGCAGACUUUUAUCUCCUGACACUGUUAAGAGCAUAUAUUGGUCGAUACAGUCUCUUAUUGCAUCUGCUCUGGGAAUUAAGGAAAGCAGCUUCAAGGCAGUAAGGGACAAGACAUAUUAGAAAGAUGACUUUAGACUCCCUACCUGUCUUGCUGUUACUGAUCAGUGGCAUUUUUUGCCAAUAUGACUAUGGUCCUGGAGAUGAUUAUGGUUAUGAUCCUUUUGGGCCAUCCGCAGCAGUCUGUGCCCCAGAAUGUAACUGUCCUUUAAGCUACCCUACUGCCAUGUAUUGUGACAAUCUUAAGCUGAAAACCAUUCCUAUUGUACCAAGUGGAAUAAAAUAUCUUUAUCUUCGAAACAAUAUGAUUGAGGGAAUUGAAGAGAAUGCGUUUGAUAAUGUAACAGACCUACAGUGGCUGAUCCUAGAUCACAACCAUUUGGAAAAUUCAAAAAUUAAGGGAAGAGUCUUCUCUAAACUAAAGAAUCUGAAGAAACUUCACAUUAACUACAACAAUUUGACUGAAGCUGUUGGACCACUCCCCAAAACUCUAGAUGACCUGCAGUUAAGUCACAACAAGAUCACAAAAGUCAAUCCUGGUGCACUUGAGGGCCUGAUGAAUCUGACUGUCAUUCACCUCCAGAACAACCAACUGAAAGCAGAUUCCAUUUCUGGGGCUUUUAAAGGCCUGAAUUCACUUUUGUAUCUUGACUUAAGCUUCAAUCAACUUACGAAGUUACCGACAGGACUGCCUCACUCCUUACUCAUGCUGUAUUUUGAUAAUAACCAGAUUUCCAAUGUUCCUGAUGAGUACUUCCAAGGUUUCAAAACCCUGCAAUACUUACGUUUAUCCCACAAUAAAUUAACAGAUUCUGGAAUACCAGGAAAUGUCUUCAAUAUCACAUCACUGGUUGAGUUGGAUCUCUCCUUCAAUCAGCUGAAGAGCAUUCCAACUGUCAGUGAGAACCUCGAAAACUUCUACCUCCAAGUCAACAAAAUUAACAAGUUCCCGUUGAGCAGCUUCUGUAAGGUAGUUGGACCAACGACCUAUUCCAGGAUCACACAUUUGCGCCUGGAUGGGAACAACCUCACUCGGGCUGACCUGCCACAGGAGAUGUACAACUGCCUUCGGGUGGCUGCUGAGAUUUCACUGGAGUGAGAUACCUGGGAUUACCCAAUUCCCUUCUAAGGGCAGUAACUACAGGAAUAACACAUCAUGAUAGUGCUUUAAAAUUAAGAUAUGCCUUAAAAGAAGUGUCAAUCUGCCUAUUAUCCAUUCUGUUUGUUAAUGUUUAGCAUGCACUUGGCAGCCUUAAGGCUUAUUUUUACAAAUGUUUGUAUUUAGAAAGCACAAGAAUGACCAGAUAUAGUGCAAAAUAUACUUUCACCUGGCUAGGUGAGUGAAAAACACUCAGAGAAAUCUAUGUCCAUGCGUGCAGUACAUGUCAGCUGGUUCCAGACUUACAUGGAAGUCAUGUGAGUUUCAUCAUGGGUUAUACUGAAAAGUAUGAGCUGGCCUGUGUAAAUACCAGAUUCCUCUCCAACUUUAUUAAUUAUCAUACCUUUUAUAUAUUGCUAUCAAUGAUAAAGAAAAAAAAUGGUUUAACAAUCUAAGAAAAUUUAAAAUGUAUGAAAAUAUCUUUUCAGAGCCUAUGAUGUUAUUAAAUUAAUGGAAUAUGUGAAAGAUAAUCAGGGAAAAAAAAAGGUUAAAAAAUUUUUACCUUUUCUUUUUUCAUACUUUCAUUUAACUUGCAUGGUAAGAUUUUUAUCCUUUAUUGGUAUAAUUGUUAUUUCAAAAUAAAUCAUAUAUACAUAUAUUUUUAUUCAAUUAAUUGCAUGCUACUCUUAACCAGUGUGUAGGAAAUAAAAGAUAUCAAAUAGUGUUCUUGUGUCCAUAUCAUUGUCAACUAUGUUUCUUUCUCUUAUACAUUGCAAAAAAAUCAGGUUGAGACAAGAUAAUCUAAGCUAUUCUAUUAUUAUUAAAAUUUAUUGUAAGGUUAAAUAAACUGUUUUCUCUACUUUGAAGUUUCAA